CGAUGAACCGGGGCGGCAGCAGCCCCUCGGCCGCCACCAACUACCUGCUCUGCACCAACUGCCGGAAAGUGCUGCGGAAGGUACGGGCUCGGUCCGGGGUCUGGCCCCCCGGGGGCGCUUUCCAAGGCCGGGCCUCGGGCUGCCCGGCCCCGGGGCAAGCACUUGGGGCAAGCUUGGAAGGGAUCCCCGAGCACGGUCCCUGCACGGAGACCGAACAAGGGGGCGUGGGUGCUGCAGCUAGACAUCAGUGUUCUUACUUAAUAAACAUGCAUGUGGAUGAAUUUCUAAAGACCGGAGGUAUGGCUGAGUGGUUGAAUGGUUUGGAGUAUAUACCACAAAGACUGAAAAACCUUAAUGAAAUAAAUAAGCUGCUAGCACACCGGCCCUGGCUUAUCACAAAAGAGCACAUUCAGAAACUUGUCAAAACUGGAGAAAAUAAUUGGUCUCUGCCAGAACUGGUACAUGCCGUGGUCCUACUGGCACAUUAUCAUGCCUUGGCAAGCUUUGUUUUUGGUAGUGGCAUCAAUCCAGAGAGAGAUCCAGAAAUCUCCAAUGGAGUCAGGCUAAUAUCAGUCAACAAUUUCUGCGUUUGUGAUCUCGCCAAUGACAACAACAUAGAGAAUGCAUCCCUUACAGGCAGCAACUUUGGGGUUUGUUUUAUUGACUUUGUUUCCCUAACACAAGAUUGUUCACCAUUGUCCUUAGAUUUUGAAGAUGACAUGAUUAUAACAUCUGAUGUCUCCCGAUAUAUUGAAGACCCUGGUUUUGGGUAUGAGGAUUUUGCCAGAAGAGGGGAAGAGCAUUUGCCAACAUUCCGAGCUCAGGACUAUACUUGGGAAAAUCAUGGGUUCUCCCUGGUGAACAGACUUUAUUCUGACAUUGGACAUCUUCUUGAUGAAAAGUUUCGGAUGGUCUACAAUCUCACCUAUAACACUAUGGCCACCCAUGAGGAUGUUGACACAACCAUGCUGCGCAGAGCUUUAUUUAACUAUGUCCACUGUAUGUUUGGAAUCAGGUAUGAUGACUAUGAUUAUGGAGAAGUUAAUCAAUUACUUGAACGAAGCCUGAAGGUUUACAUUAAGACAGUGACCUGCUAUCCUGAGAGAACUACAAAGCGCAUGUAUGAUAGUUACUGGCGUCAGUUCAAACACUCAGAAAAGGUUCACGUAAAUCUACUUUUAAUGGAAGCACGGAUGCAAGCCGAACUUCUUUAUGCUCUUCGUGCCAUAACUCGACAUUUGACCUGAAACAUCACCCAGAGAAAGUGUCAUAUAUGUGUGAAGACCUUUUCACAUGAGAUAUACUCGAAGCUGUUUGUGAUGUAGCAUCAAAAAUUAUCCAAUUCUCUAGUGUCAAAGUUUAGCCGUUUUUUUUUUUUGUUCGUUCGUUUGUUUUUUUUUUUGCGGCUGUAAUGUGCAAUGAUGUGUUUUAUUUUUCUUGAUGCUUAACAUUACUAACAACUGCAAAAAUAAUACUGAGGAGCACUACUUUGCAUUGUUUAUAGUUGGAUUUUUGGAUACUGACCAUAAGUCAUGAAUCUGGUUUGUUAAUGCUUAACGUCAGCGCUUUUGGGUUUGUGGGUAUGUGUACUGUUUUUUUCUUUCUUUCUUUUUUUUAAGUAAAAAAAAGCGCUUACAAUCUGUUCAAGCAAUUGUUCUUCAGAUAUUCGAAUUCAGCAAAGAAUGGCUCCCCUCUGGCCAUUCUAAAUUUUUAAUGUUGUGUCCUAAAUCUGGUAGAGGAAAAGCAUGCGCUGUUGAACCAAGCUGCUCAAUGGACACGUGUGUGUCCCCAGGAGAUUAUUUGUCAGGCACUGUUUUUGUUUUGUUUUCAUUUUUUACUGUUAUUGGCGAUAACGUGAAAUGUGAUACAGCCAUUGUCCAUAAUUUAAUGUGAAAUUAAUCAUGUUGAAUUCUAUAGCAUGCUACUGAAAUGCCAAAUUUAGUUAUUUUCUUUCUCUUCUGAAACAGAAGUUUCAGUUUUCCAUAUCAGAUAUAUAUAUUAGAAGUGGAAUUAUGCACAAUCCUUUCUAUCACUGACGGUAAUCCUCAGUCAUCUUCAACAAUCAGUGCUCACAGUGCUGCUUACAGUUCAUUUAGUUGGCACAUAUAAACCUGCACCCACACAAGACUGACCAAAAAUUUUCUUUGCACAUUUUUCCUUUCUCAUAGUUUUUUCUAUAUUACGGUAAGCAAAGGAAGGUUAGUAUACCUAUAUUUUCCCUGUUAAGCUUUUAGAAAUUAUUUACCAUGAUUUUUCUUCUUGUAAUAGGUUAAACAGGUUAUUAUUCAAAGAUAAAAAUUGUGUUUCUAUGCAUUAAUGUGAUUGAACAACAACAACAACAAAGAGUGCAAUAUGUUAAAAGAAAUACUAAACUAAAAUUCUCCCCUAUUACGUCACUGCAGAAGUGUCCUUCUAAACAUAGCCAUAAAGAAAUUUUGUUCAAAUUUCUUUAUUGCACAAGGCUUUUUUUUUUUUUUUCUUUCAGUUUUACCUACCUUACUGGGGUUAAACAAUGUUCUUUUCAUAAUGCCAAAGCAUUCCCUUCCCCAGAAAAAUCUCUUUGGACAACUGGUUAAGAAAAUAUAUCAAGUCUUAGGGGAAGGAUAAGCGGCCAAAAAGUCACAUUUUUGCAUUGGUUUAUGUUGCUUGAUUAGACUAUGUUCAGAGAGCACAACAUUAUGUGUUUAUAGCUUUAAUUUGUAUUAUGUUAAUGAACCAGUGAAGUGCCUGAAGAGAUGCUUACAACUAUCCAGUAGGACACGACUGCACUGCUUAAACACUUUUUGGUUAAUUAAGGGUGACUUGAAUUUUACACAUACAUGCUAAUUUUUUAAAAACAGACCAUGUUUUCAUAGUAAAUAAUAUAGCUAAAAUUUUCCGUUAGAGAUCCCACAAAGAUUUCAUUUCAGACUUCCUUGUUAUUUAAGACUUACUUUUUUCUCUCAUGAAAGAAUCGUGAGCUAGUGUUUUGUUAAAUCAUUUCCCCCUUCCAUUUAUCAUCCUUCUGGUACAAUACAUUCGGUUUCUUUCUUUUAGAUUUUGUUCCAGAUAAGAAAACAAAAAGAUGAUCAUAAAUCUAUUACUAUAAGGUAGUUCUGCAUUUUUUGAUUCCAGGCUCUUACUUGAAAUCGUCCAUGUGAGGAAAAAAAAUUACUAAUAUUUUUGAAGACAGGGUGGUUUAUUUAAAGAGAUUAUUCAGAGAACUUGUGCCAGAUCUCCUGUUUUGUUCAUUGCACAUAUCGAUUUAAUCCAAUAUCACAUUAUAUAGAUAUGUAUUAUUAUGUACAAAGAAAGUAUUUAGAAGAAUGGCAAAACACAGAUGACAACAUAAAUGUCCAUUUGAUUUCCCUACUUUAGAACUUUCAAGUUGGGCUUAUGUUUUAUUCUUGACAUUUGUUUUUCUACUAGAGUUCUUUAAUAGCCCUAUAUUUUAGUGCAGGUGAACUGUAUUACAGGAUGAAAAAUAAUCUUUACAUAAUGAAAAGGAGAAACUGUCACAGACCAUCACAUGAGCUUCAGACCAAAAGGGGAAACAAGGUUUAAGUAACUAAAAUGACCACUUAGCUUUUAGUUUUUUUUUUUUUUUUUUUUUCAGUUUUUUCCCCAGAAAUAUGAAGUAGUUGGAGUUUGGGUUACGGAAAUAUUAGUGCCUUUACUAGAUCUUUUUCCAGCCAAGUUUCUUUUUAGCUCAGCAUUGGUCUAUCUCAUCAAUAAUCGGGAAAGUGAGUUGACUUGGAACUAUAAACAAAAACAAAACAAUGUAUUUGUGAACCAGCCUAGAAAAACUGACUUCUGAAAGUGCUAACGCACCUACUAAGAUGCAGCAUGCACAGCGUUCCAGGUUGUGAAUACCAUUUUGCUGCGAGUUUGCUGUUAACUUUCUUUAUCUAAUGCAAACUUGAAGUUCUGAUGCGGUUUUCCAGGGUGGUAUUUUUUCAGAGUACUGAAUUUACUAUGUAAUUUAUAGUAUAGCUUUUUAUAUUCAAAUGUGAUAUUUUUAAAAGAGAUGUCUGGUUCAAUUGGUUUAAUGAUAUGAUUAUAUGAUACGCUAAUCUACACCUUGGGCUCACAUUGUGCCAAACUUAAAUGUGCAAGUGUAUGGUCAAAAAGCACAUGUGAAUGUGAAUCCUUUACCUCUGUUGCUUAUUAUGUUACAAUUAGUGUAAUAAUCCACUGAUGUAUAUUCUUGAGUAAUGUCUAUUUACCUUUUCUUGCUGGAAUAACAAGUUUUCCAGCUUCAAUUGUAGUUCUUGAUUUCUCAGAUCACCUUAAGAAAUAUCUGAGUACUCUCCCACCUAAAAGUAAAUCUGUUCUUUAACCUCAUCACUUGAGUGAGAGAGUGGCCAGGCAGGUGCCUCAUUGGAUCCUUCACAUCAGGCUUCCUCAGGUGGACUCGUGAUAAUAAGGGGAAAAGAGGCUUUGAGAUGGGACUAUUUAUUACCUUCUUCACUUUUUUGAACUAAGUAUAUUGUCUCAGUCUCAAGAAGAAUCUUUGUCCCAUUUGGGAGAUUUUUAAAAUAAAAGAUGCUAACGUGGAAUCUGGGGCAUGGCCUUGGCCUUUAAUUAUGGCUUUAAAACCCAAAUAAUGGCAGAGCACCACAGGGCUGUUUUAGAAUAGAAAACUCACUCUAAGCUCUAUAUUAAGAUCAUUUUUGAACCAGCGCCCUAUUUUAAUUGCAUAAUAAUAUCACCUAAAGCUUUUAAAUUAUUCCAGAGCAACUUUUUCCUUUUCCACCUUAUAGAGUUUUAAAAAAUCCCAUCUUAGAUUUUUAUGCUGCAGCAAAGUAAAAUUAUCAGCAAACAAUUAAAGGCAUCUACUUAAAAUAGUUCCAUUUUAGUUCAGAAUGCAUGUAUAUAUAAUGGGAAGAUUCUUUUAAAUUCUAAGGACAAUUCAUCAGGGAAAAAAUUUUCAGUGCAUGUUACAGAAAUGAUUUGCACUGUAAUAGUAAAAUGAGGUUUUUGUUUUGUUUUGAAGACAAUUCUAAAUCAUUUCUCUGGAAAUCGAGACCUUAAACUCUUCUCUUUAUCGAAUAAAACUUUUUCUUUUAUGCAAAUAGAUGGUCUUGCAUGGAGUAAAAAGUAUGCAACAGACAAAUUAUGUUACGUAAAUAGUAUAUGAAAUUUUCUUAAUAGUAUAAUUCAACAGUCAACUGAAAGACGUGGCUCCUCUGUUCAAAUCGAAUUUUAAGUUAUGUGAUUUGUAUAAUCAGAACCUAUUCUGGGUGGUCGUCGUCAUAAACUGUUUCCCUAUUAUAUCCCUCUGGAGACUGAGAAUCAAAUUAAGUAGUCUUUCCUCAAAGCAGUACUGUAACAUGAAUGUAUUCAUCUCAGUCAACAGAAUUCAAAUGCCCACUGUAUGUGGCGCUUACUUCAGUGCUAAUUUGGCACAUUAGCAGUGUCUGCUCAGGUGAGACCUAGAACAAAAAUAGCUGGGGUGAAAUGGAUCAUAGAGGUGGCGGUAUAUAUUGAGGCAGAGCCUUUUGAGGAAGGAAAAGUUUCUCAAAGAACCCAUGGAACAUAAUUCUGAGAGGGUGACUAUCCUCACACCUAAUAUAAAGGAAACAUUUCCCACCUGGGAGCUCCUACCUGCAUUCAGUCCACCCUUUCUUGCCUGCUUUCUCUUCCUCCAAGUGCCUCAACCUCUACAUGCCCUCUCUCCUCUCCCUCCCUCAGCCAAUCCUGGUCUGAAGGACUUUUAGAAUCCAAACCAAACAUCACCAGCCACCUGCUGAUAGUCACCAGCAUUCACUUUUCUGAGUUACUUUUUCUCCAUUCAUUAAGAAUAUGACUUUAUCAUGACUCCCUCUAAAUCCCUCAACCACCCAGAUAUAUUUUGGCUAACCUUUACCCUAGACAACCAGAUUUUAUACAGCACCAAGUGUAAUCUUGUCCAUCCCAUACUGUUCUACUCUUAUCCCUGCUGCCAAAAUAUCUUGCUAUCCUCUACCUCAUCCCCAAAGAGCCUAUAAGUUUGGAGUAUCCAACCGUUUCAUAGAUUCACUCUCUGUUGUUCAGUAAUACUACUUCAUAUUUUAAAUAAAUCAUAAAAGAUUUUUGCCUUCUAUCAAAGUAGGAAUCUUUAUAUUUAUACACGAUACAGAAAUUGAACUAUUUCUACCAUGCAGAAUUUAGCAUUUAACAGGAUUUUAAAGUGAUUUAAUUGCCAUUCUAACUUGGAUCUAUAUUAGGUAGUGAAUAUUGGUAUUAAUCCAGGUUAUUUGAAUGUAAAGUUAAAAUUCUCCUGCAAUCCAGAUCUAUAACCCUUCAGUGGAACUGGAAAUUCCUGUCAUACAAAUGAGUGCUGUUUCAGACAGUUGUAUUUUUUAUUGGUGUUGUUGGAACCUUGAAACACAUUUUUAAUAGAAGGGCCUGUAUGAAAAGUAGUGUUUAGGUGGCUCUACCAGAACACAGAAGUCCAUUUGAUCCAUAAUGUAGAUAAAACACCACAAAAUUGGAUGCAUAGGGUUUGAUCAGGCUUUCCUGGGUUAGACUGGGACUCUAGCCCCCAUUCCUACCCUGUUCUCAUGGAAAAAAAAAAGUCCUGUGGGAUGAAAAGGGAAUGCAUAGACUUCAGGUACAUCCAGAGAGCAUCAUUAUGGAGCAGGAAGUACACAGGGGAAGGAGAAGCAACAGUUCUUCUCUAGCCAGUGUGCACUAGAUGCUGUUCAUAGAUGUAAAAUAUUUCUAAGUCAGGUUUAUAACAUGGGGAGUGUUUAUCUAUAGAUGUUUAUCUGACUUGAAGAUAAAUCAACCCUGUUUGAAAGUAUAGAUUAUGAUGAUCUGCAGUGGUAUUUGGAUGCUUUUCAUUCUCAUUUAUGAGCAACCCAACCUGAUAGCACAGUCCAUUAAAUGGCUCAAAGGGCUUGGGAGUGAAUCGAUGGCCUAGUUUAGAAAUGAGACUUAAUAAUUGAGGCUGAAGGGGUGUUUUUUAUUAAAUCAGGUCAUGAAGUGUUCAUUCUAGCUUUAAACUAGUUAUGACUGCCCCACCAGGAAGCACAGAAUUGAAGACAUAUAGGGGAAAAAAACAAUGAGUAUCUGGUACUUUUCAGAACUUAUGGAAAUCUUUGAAAUAAUGCAAUGCAUACAAUAAAAUAGCCUUUAGAACAAAUGUGCAUUUUACAGCUCAUAGGACAUCAAACAUUAAUAAGUCUAAACAUGAAAAAUACAAUUGUUUUAUAUGUAAAUUUUGUUAAAACAGUAUUUUAUUGCAUCCUCAAUUUAACCUCUUAAAAGUGAAAGCAUAAUUUCUACAGAAAGGGUAGAAGAAAGAGGGAGAGAGAAUCUCUGGUCUUUAAACUCAUUGCCGUUGAGGCGAUUCCAACUCAUAGCGACCCUAUAGGACAGAGUAGAACUGCCCCACAGAGUUUCCAAGGAGUGGCUGGUGGAUUCCAACUGUCGACCUUUUGGUUAGCAGCCAAGCUCUUAAACACUGCGCCACCAGGGUCUUUAGUCCUACAAUAUUGUUCAUGAAUCCUGAUUAGUUAAGUACAUACAUUAUGAUACUGAAUGAAACUGAUUACAUCUCUCUCUUGAUUAGCCUUAUAAUUUUCAAAUGGCUGUCCCUAGUUUGGUAAGGAAGGAUCAAAAGGUAGGAUAAAGGAAACCUAUCAGUUGGGUGGCCAACAAGUUUCCUUUGUAAUGUUGAGUAUUUUUCUCCUUUCUGAAUUUCUCUGGUUCUCUAAAAUGUAAGUUAAGAGUUAAAUGGUACCCUUAUUCACCAAGGAAAGUGAUCCAAACUAUCUAGUGCAGAUAUUUUCCUUUGAAUUCCUAUAUCUUCCCUGGAAGGAAAAUACUUUUUUCCCCUCCCUCUUUCUCUUCACGUUUACUCUUUUCAACCCAAAAUAAGAUAGACACAGAAAACAAACCACAUACCAGUUUGGCAUCUUCUCAAUGCUAGUCGAAUAGGCACAUCCACAUGCAGUCUCAGCAAGGCAAAACCAGAACCCUGUCAGGUCAACUUGGAACUUGGCCUUGCUACUUGGAUUAGCUCCUUCAAACCUGAAAAUAACUUUCCUGGUCAUGGAAGAACUGGAUGUAUCCUUUAGCUAAUGAAACAGGAUUUGAACUUGAAAUCUCUUUUUUUAAUCCUGAUUUUGCAGGGCAGCUACAUAAUGAAUGUAUAUAUUAAGAGUUUGUAGCUGAAUUGCACAUGAAAUCAGAUUGCCAACUUCUUGACUUUCAGUUUUAGACAUCAUUUUAUCCUUAAGUUGUGAGCAAUAUAUGUAGCAUGCUGUGAAACGUCUAUUAUAGUUCUUUAAUUCAUCAGUAUUAAUACAGAAUUAUCUUUUGUGUUCCUUGGUACUUUUUAUUCAAUGUAAUCAGAAGCUGUGAUAUUUUGCCUUUGUAGUCCUGUGCUUUGUUACUGUAAUUUUUUUUUCUUUACAAAGCACGUGACUUUGGACUAAUGUGAGGCGGAUGACGUGAUCUUUAAGACUGCUAUAUAUAUCAGUCUUACUAUAUAAGGUUUUAAAUUAGAAUAAGCUUUUAUCAAAUAGAUCAUUGAUGCAAUUUAGGAUUCACACAAGUUUCAGUGUCCAAUGGCGGUCUUAUAUUUAUAGUUUCAGUUAAGAAAAUAGCAAACUUGAUAAACAGCCACUUUAAACUUGUUCUGGCAAACCAGACCCUGCUGUAGAUAUAGUCUAAAGUAGUUAACCAUAUAAGCCUUUUCAACUUGUAUGCCCUCCAUGUAAGUCAGCAGUUAAGGAGAUUAGAGAACCCAUGAAAGCUUUUUUGUAUUACUAGGUUUUAUUUUUCUUAUGUUGCUGAUUUUACAAUUCUGACUAAAGCUGACCUGAAUGGAUCAGUUUACGUGUAAUAUUCUAGGCUUUAUUGCUUUUUUUUUUGGAGGGAUGGGUAAUAUUAUUUGGACAGAUGCAGAAGGAACUGUUAGUGAGUCAAGACAAAACACAUUUGAAAUAAAGGAACUGUGUAUUAACAUGUUAACAACAAUUCAUAACUGCACUUUUUAUGACAUUUUGAAAAUCUAUUUAUAGGUACAGAACAAUGGAUUUUGUUAAACUGUAUCACAUUUAUACUUGCAGAAAUUUAUUUCAUUGUUAUUAGUAGGAAUUUUAUUGGUUCAAUAAAAUUGGCAAAACUGAAC